UAUGGCCUUACUAUUAAUUGUUAAACUUUAUGCCACUACUCUAAACAUCUAAAAAGUAGAAGCUGAAUCAUAAUAAUAGUAAUAGCAAUUAUAAUAAGAUAUAGAAACAGAAGGAUAGAAGUAAAUUAAUUUAUUAUAAUAGAGUAAUAGCAAAAUUAACUGCUUGUUGGGUUUUAUCAGUUUAAGAAUUAUCUGAAGAAUAGAAAUAAGUGAAUGAAAUUAUAAAAAGUUAAACUAAUAUUAAUAGAGAAUCCAUUUUUUAUAAAAUUUAGACAACUAUGUUAGAAGAAUGUUAUUCAAAGGCUCCAGAUGAAGAAUUGAAUAAUGUAAUGAGAUCUAUUUAGGAUGAUAAAAAGAAUUAUAAAUCAUUCAAAUAAUAAUUGCCAAAUUUUAAUUUUGAUGUAUUUAAUAGUACAUCUUUUGAUUGGACAUUUACUAAAAAUGAUGAAACUUUAAUGAAAUAUAUUAGAGUAUCUAUUAUUAAUAAUUAAUAAUUAGAGAUUUGAAGAAUGGGUAACUUAAAAGAAUACUAUUACUAAUACAAUUCAAUAACCUAAUUAAUAAUAAAGUGUUUUUGCAGAAUUAAAAAAGAAAAUUUCAGAAAUGAGUAAAAAGAGUUAAAACAAAGAUUCUGAAACUGAUAAUAAAGAUUAAUUAGAUAAAUAUCAAUUUUAUCUAUCAAAAUAAUAAGGAAUGAAAGAUCCAAUUAAUUAUUUAUUUGCAGGAAUUGCUAUUUUUUGUUUCUCCUUUGUAUUUUAUAUUAGUAUUUAAUCUAAUAGUAUUUUUUAGUUUAUUCCAAAGUUAAACAAGCUAAUUUAGAUCCAAGAUUAGAUAAAAAAAAUAAGAAACAAAAAUUAAAAAAAGAAUGA